UAUAAAUAUUAGUGUAAUGUUUUGGUUUGAAACACUUACCUCCUUUUCAACUUUAGACUUAGAAAAUUUUAUGCUCUUCUAAAAACUCCAUUCCACUAAAUCUAGAGAUCUCAUAAUGUCUAAUAAUAUUCUCUUUCCUUAUAGUUAAGAAUUAAUAUCUAUGGUGGACUUUCCUUUGUCUCCAUGUGUAUUUUCGUACAGUGAAGAAGAGAAUCAUAAUUGAUCAUUCAAGAUCAAGGAAAAGGGGUGCUGUUAGAUUGGAGGAAGCGGUUCGAUAUUAUUGUUGGAAUUGCUCGAGGAGUUCUUUAUCUUCAUCACGAUUCUAGAUUGAGAAUUAUUCACAGAGAUUUGAAAGCUAGCAACAUUCUUCUAGAUGACGAAAUGAACCCUAAAAUUUCAGAUUUUGGCAUGGCCAGAAUUUUCAAAGGAAAUCAGACCCAAGGCAACACAAAUAGAGUGGUUGGCACAUAUGGUUACAUGUCACCGGAGUACGCCAUCAAUGGGCUUUUCUCAGUGAAAUCAGAUGUGUUUAGCUUUGGGGUCUUAUUAUUAGAGAUCAUUAGUGGAAAACGAAACAACGGUUAUCAUAAUCCCGACUCUAAUUUAAUGGGCCAUGCAUGGCAUCUAUGGAACGAAGGUAGGAGUUUGGAUCUGGUGGAUUCCUCAAUCGCCGAUUCGUGUCCCACCAAUGAAGUCCUUAGAUGCAUCCACGUAGGCCUCUUGUGUGUGCAAGAGAAUGUGACAAGCAGGCCCACCAUGUUAUCAGUUGUAUCCAUGUUAUGCAACGAAAUGGCCAUUCCUCCACCCAAGAAACCAGCCUAUUGUAACAAGAAGAAUUUCAUGGAUGCGGAUUCAUCCACAAGUGGGGCCGGAUCUUAUUCCAUCAAUGAGAUGACAACUACUGAAGUGCAAGCUCGUUAGGGAUUAUAUAGAUUUUUCUGUUGAGGUUCCUCAAAAUCUCUGCAUUUUCAUGUUGUGCAUCCGUGUGAUCUGUGUCGUUCAUUAGGUGGGACCCACAGACAGCGAUGCAGGCCACACCCAGGCCAGAUACGUAGGCCACCAGCCAUCCGUUUUUCCUUUGUACACGUAUAUAGUUCCGUCGGAGAUGGGUCUGGUCUACUUUUCUGGAUGGGCACAUUCAUGGUUUGGCCUACCUGAUGAACGGUGCUGAUCUCAUACAUGCUGCCGUUUUAGCACGUGUGGUCAUUCACGUAUAGCCUUUAGGGCUAUUUGUGUUUCUGGAUUCCAGAUAGUGCCACGUAAGUAGGAUUGUUAUUUCCUGUGUUUAUUUGAACCCGCAUUUCGGCACAUAAAUUGAGAGAAGUGAUUAUAGUUUUACAUUUUACAAUGGUG